AUGAACCUGGGGGCCUACCAUCCCGAUGAGAUCGAAGCCGUCGUGGCUUCAAUAUUGGGGGCCAACAAAGGGCUGAGCCUCGGGCCGUACCUCCUGGAAGCCUUCCUCGGCUUGAUCUAAGCCAUGUACAUCACCUUCCACCUUUUUGUGACGAACUUCGGUCCAUACUCUCCUUUCAUGGAGAUGAACGUGCUCAACCAGAACUACAUCAUCGGCCUGUGCACCAGACUCCCCACGGACGAGAACAAGUUCUCCCUCCCGAUGAAGCCCAGUCCGUCGACAUUCAAGCCCGCGCGCCAACAUAGCAUUCAGGUCGGAAGCGAGGUCGUCCCAUACUCUCCACGAUUCGAUUCGGUCUGA